UGCGCCACUUACAAAUAUCAGCCCACCAAACCCUUCUGGAGAGCAGUCUUCAAGACAUUUGUCGGAACAGGAUACUUUCAUUUAUAAUUGAACGCUUCAGAGCAUUUGCUUAGAUAUGGCAGUCUUAAAGAAAUAAAAUAAACUGCACAGCACAUAAACAGGCACUGGGCAGUUAAUUACCAGACCCGCAGCAACCAGUGACACUGGCAGAUAAUAAAACUGAUCAAUAAUAAAUUGGCGGUGCAAAUGAAUAAACCUGGAGAUGGUUUAUUAAUUUAAAUAGGAUUCAGCUGCUGCUGGAGUAAGACGAUAUAUCGACAUUGGGUUUGUUCUGGCGGAGACGACGAGGGAGUCAGAGCCACUGCUGGUACCGUGGCGCGAGGACACAUGGGUCGACACCAGAAACCUUUCGUUUACCGUGUCUUAAAUACGAGGAUUCACACGUGAACGGUUAUGGGCUCAUCAACACUUGACAUUUCUGCGUGUCGAUAUUUCCUUUGCUGGAUUUGCGGAGACGUUUCGCGUUAUGUUUGGUGCUGAAAACGGGACUGCGGACGAUAUUUUAUUCUUGCAUUUCAACCUCGCGUGGACUCUCAUGUGGACUUAUUAUCACUGAUCCCGUGGCAUAAGAAAAUGUGCAAAACAUCGCUUUAAAAAUGCCAGUUGUUGUAUUAUGAUUUUGACACGCGCGUGAUUGUUUAACCAUUACCCGAGCAUGUCGGAUUGCUUCUCUUCGUCUCGUGCGUCUUUAUCACGAUUUGUAUUUCUCCGUUAAUUUUCUGGAAGAUAUCGGGCUAUUCUUUGUUUUUAAUUUUAUUUGAAUGCAUCAAGCUGGAGAAAGACAGAGGAAAGAGAAAACGACAGAUACACGACUGAAGGACGCGGAGAAUGAAUGAGACUGAGUGAAGAAUCACAGUAAGGUUCUUCAUCAGUAAGAGGGCGUGAGGGAAGGAGUGUCCCACACUGAAGCGCCCGCUGACCUCCCCCACCACCUUACGUCCAUCCACAGCAUGGCUCUCUCUCUCUGGAUCCUCUUUACCUGCACUGUCGCCCUCAGCAGCAUCAGUCCCUCUUCACAGGCAUUAAGUCGCUCCGCAAUGCCGUUCGGUCUGAUGAGGAGGGAGUUGGCUUGUGAGGGAUACCCCAUCGAGCUCCGGUGCCCCGGCAGUGAUGUCAUCAUGAUCGAGACUGCCAACUAUGGACGCACAGAUGACAAGAUCUGUGAUGCCGACCCCUUCCAGAUGGAGAACGUGCAGUGCUACCUUCCAGAUGCUUUUAAGAUCAUGUCACAGAGGUGUAACAAUAGAACUCAAUGUGUGGUGGUAGCCGGGUCUGAUGUUUUUCCAGACCCCUGUCCGGGGACCUACAAGUACCUGGAGAUCCAGUAUGAAUGUGUGCCAUACAUCUUUGUUUGUCCUGGGCCACUGUUAAGGAUACAGGCAGCAAGUUUGCUGCAGGAGGCUGAGCAUCAGUCGGGGGCAUGGUGUAAGGAUCCCCUGCAGUCUGGUGACCGUCUUUAUGUCAUGCCCUGGACUCCGUACCGUACAGACAUGUUGUAUGAGUACGCCUCAUGGGAGGACUUCAAGCAGAAUCGAGCCACAACUAACUACAAGCUGCCAAAUCGUGUGGAUGGAACAGGCUUUGUCGUGUAUGACGGAGCUGUUUUUUACAAUAAGGAACGUACACGCAACAUUGUAAAGUAUGACCUGCGCACACGUAUCAAGAGUGGAGAAGCCAUAGUCAAUAAUGCCAACUACCAUGACACUUCUCCAUACCGUUGGGGUGGCAAAUCUGAUAUUGACCUUGCGGUGGAUGAAAAUGGACUAUGGGUUAUCUAUGCCACAGAGGCCAACAAUGGAAGACUGGUGGUCAGCCAGGUUAACCCCUACACUCUGCGCUUUGAGGGAACGUGGGAGACUAGCUUCGAUAAGCGUCUGGCAUCCAACGCCUUCAUGGCAUGUGGCGUCCUAUAUGCCGUACGCUCCGUAUAUCAGGACGAUGACAGCGAGGCGGGUGGAGAUCUGGUGCUGUACGCCUACAACACCAACCGAGCUCGAGAGGAGCCAGUCAGCAUCCCCUUCCCCAACCCCUACCAGUAUGUCUCCUCUGUGGACUACAACCCACGAGACAACCAACUUUACGUCUGGAAUAACUACAACGUGCUACGUUACCCCCUGGAAUUCGGCCCACCGGACCCCACGGCUGGUCCCCUGACCACCAUCCAGACGAGCAGCAGCAGCACCACCACUCCGGCAAGACCUGUCACUUCCAGCUCCAUCCCCAUCACCAUGCGACCUUUGCCCCCUACUGCUCACCCGAUAGGUGCCAUUAACAAGGCGCCAGACUUGAGGCCCAUCACAGCCACUGUUCCAGUGACACGUAGACCCAUGCGAGUCCCACCUCAAGGCCCGGAAUUACAGGGUUGUGAAGCCCGUGUGGCCCGAGGGGUACAGUGGCCUGCCACACAGAGGGGAGAGACGGUCGACAGGCCAUGUCCUAAGGGAUCCCUAGGGAUCGCCUCCUUCCAGUGUCUAUCAUCUCCUGUUCUGUGGAAUCCUCGCGGCCCUGAUCUGAGUAACUGCACCUCUCCGUGGGUCAACCAGGUGGCUCAGAAGAUAAAAAGCGGAGAAAACGCAGCAAACAUCGCCGCCGAGCUGGUGAAUCACACGCAGGGCCGUAUUCACGCUGGUGAUGUCAGUUCCUCCGUCAGACUCAUCGAGCAGCUGUUGGAUAUUUUAGAUGCGCAGCUGCAGGCCCUCAGACCCGGGAAUAAGGAAUCAGCAGCCAGGAACUACAAUAAGUGGCAGAAGAGAGAACGGACCUGCCGGGCUUAUGUUCAGGCAGUGGUGCAGACCGUAGAUAAUCUCUUGCGUGCCGAGGCUUUGGAGUCAUGGCAGGACAUGAACAGUACGGAGCAGGCUCAUACCGCCACCAUGCUGCUUGACGUUAUGGAGAAAGGUGCCUUCCUGUUGGCCAACAACAUGUACAAUAACCACUUCUCUGACCAUGCUGCCAACGUCGAUCUGGAGGUGCGAGUACUGAACACGGAGACAGACUCUCAGGACUUGUUCUUCCCCCAGAAUGGCCCCAGUGACAGCAGCAUCCAGCUCUCCGCGUCCACAUUUAAACAGUACAGCCGCAAUGGUCAGGUUAAAGUGGUCUUUGUGCUCUAUAAGAAUCUGGGUUCAUUUCUCUCCACUGAAAACGCCACCGUGAAAAUGGAGAUGGAGACCGGGCACGGUGGGCGGGGCCUGGCGGUGAAUUCGCAUGUCAUCGCGGCAUCGAUAAAUAAAGAGUCCAGUCGAGUGUUUUUGACUGAGCCGGUGGUGUUUACACUUAGACAUUUACAGCUAGAGAAUCAUUUCAGCCCGAAUUGUUCAUUCUGGAACUACUCUGAGCGUUCGAUGACGGGCCAGUGGUCGUCUCAGGGCUGCCGGCUGAUGGAAACUAACAGCACGCACACAACGUGCUCUUGUAGCCAUCUAACCAACUUCGCCGUGCUGAUGGUACAUCACGAACCCGACUACCCUGGCAGGAUGCACGAGUUGAUUCUCUUUGUCAUCACAUGGGUGGGGAUUGUCAUUUCUCUGGUGUGUCUUGCAAUCUGCAUCUCCACCUUUUGCUUCCUGCGAGGCCUGCAGACCGACCGCAACACCAUUCACAAGAACCUGUGCAUCAAUCUUUUCAUUGCAGAACUACUUUUUCUCAUCGGCAUUGACAAGACGCAGUACCACAUCGCCUGCCCCAUUUUUGCAGGUCUGCUGCAUUUCUUUUUCCUGGCGGCAUUCUCCUGGAUGUGUUUGGAGGGCAUCCAGCUUUAUCUGAUGCUGGUGGAAGUCUUCGAGAGCGAGUACUCCCGAAAGAAAUACUACUACCUGUGCGGCUACUGCUUUCCCGCCCUGGUGGUGGGUAUCUCGGCAGCCAUCGACUACCGCAGCUACGGGACUAAAAAAGCGUGUUGGCUGAGGGUGGAUAACUACUUCAUCUGGAGCUUUAUCGGUCCUGUGUCCUUCAUUAUCAUGUUAAACCUGGUGUUCCUCAUGAUAACUCUUCACAAGAUGGUCCGUAACUCAUCCGCCCUCAAACCCGACUCCAGCCGUCUGGACAACAUCAAGUCCUGGGCUUUAGGAGCCAUCGCUCUGCUCUUCCUUUUGGGUUUGACGUGGGCAUUCGGUCUCCUGUUUAUCAAUGAGAACACCGUCAUCAUGGCGUACCUCUUCACCACAUUCAAUGCUUUCCAGGGCAUGUUCAUCUUCAUCUUCCACUGCGCUCUGCAGAAAAAGGUGCAUAAGGAGUACAGCAAGUGCCUGCGUCAUUCAUACUGUUGCAGUCGCACCUCGACUACGAGCUCUCAUGGAUCUCUAAAGAACUCUGCCUUGCGUGCCAACAACCGUUACUAUACUGGCAGCCAGGCGCGGCAUGCGGCAGUGCAUAGACAGAGCCGUAUUCGUCGUAUGUGGAACGACACGGUGCGAAAGCAGACAGAGUCGUCUUUCAUGGCCGGAGACAUAAAUAGCACUCCAACCCUCAACCGUGCUACGAUGGGGAACCAUCUUCUGACCAAUCCUGUGCUGCAGACUCGCACAGGCACCUCCCCAUACAACACCCUGUUGGCUGAGACAUUUACUCCACCCUCACCUGGGGUCUUCAACUCCACAGGAACUUUCCGUGACCCAAAGAGCACACUGUCUAAGAAUCGAGAUCAUGGAGGCAUGGAGACUCUACCCCUGAAUGGGAACUUCAACAACAGCUAUUCUCUGCGUGGCGUCGGCAGUUCUGGUGGUGCCGGGGGCAGCUGUGACUUCCUUGGAGGUGGUGGCAGAGACAGUCCCCCACCGUUACUCAACCCACGAGGUUCAGAAACUCUCGGCGGGAUACAGCGGAACAUCUCUGAUGCAGCAGCAUUUGAGAAGAUGAUCAUAUCGGAAUUAGUGCACAAUAAUCUACGAGGGGGCGGAGGGGCUGGGGAUAGAACAUGUGGCAGCCUGGUCAGAGGACAUGGCCACAUGGGCAUGGGGCGGAGCGGGGGCGGGCCUGAGCCAGUGAUAGGCAUGGAGGCCGAUGAAGAUUUUCGUUCAAGAGAAGCACGCCAACGCACACCGCAGGACGUGGAAAUGCUCUAUAAAGCUCUCGAGGAGCCCUUGCUGCUGCAGCAAGCCCAAUCCGUGCUCUACCAGAGCGACCCAGAAGAAUCCGAAAGCUACACGGGUGACCUAACAGAAAGUUUGGGCCACAGUGGUCACAGCGGUCAAAGUGCAGCUGGCCAGGGCCGCAACGGAGCCCCCGAUUCACCUGCGCGGGACUCCCUUUACACCAGCAUCACUAACCUGCGAGAUUCGCCGUACCCCGACAGCAGCCCGGAGCCACUAGAGGUGGUUCCACGCUCGGCCCAGCCUCCAGAGGAGCUCUACUAUAGCUCGGGCCGGCCCGCCAUAGGCUCCCGCGGAGCCCCAAUGCAGACCUUUUACCAGGCUCCACCAAGGAGACCUAGCACUGAAGCCCACCCUGCUCCUGAGCCCCCCCACAGCGAGGGAGAUGGACAGAUGCAGUUGGUCACCAGCCUGUGACAACGACAAAGAGGUGGAGGAGGAAGUGGACCACAGGGUUUGACGCAAAGUGCCGACGACAAUGGAUUCCUCUCCUGUCUCUGAUGCCCACCGUGUGUCUAGUUGCCUUUUUACACUUUCCUUUGUUUAGAAGUGAGAGUUAAGGAAAGCCUAAACAGAGAGAGCAAGAGAGAGGUUUGUCUCCAUGGCAGCAAGGGUAACCACUCUAACUCUCUCAUCAGCAACAUUUUUCCUCCCUCCUCAGACUGAUAUAUAUGGUAAAAACACCUAGUCCAGCCAUCUGCCUUCUCUCAGUGGACCGUCAGCUCUCAUUUUUUCAUGAUCAUUCUCAACCUGCUCUGGCAUUUGUGUCUGUGUUUAUUUCUCAUCAGGUCUUAAAAAUGUUGCUUUGUAAUUCCUCACCCUCUCUUUUUUUUCUCUUGUCUCUUUUCAUUAUUAUUUGAUGAGAGCUGUUACGGGAGAAGAUGGGGCUGUGUCAUUAUACUACAACGUGACAAAGAAACUCUUUGAAAGCUCUUCAGUGUUGCCAAAAAUAACUGUUUUUGAGCCAGAACAUAAACUGGAAUCUACUCACACACACACACUGUCUCUCCCUCACAGAAGUGCUUGUUACCGAACAUCAAGGGUAUGAACACACAUGCUCCUGAAAAAAGAAAACAAGGACUUUUGUUCAGAAACAGGUAGCAGGAAGCUGCCUCAGUGGAGUUGCCUUUAUUUCUCUCUCUGAACUCACUCUUCUGUAUAGAUCAACCACGGAGACCGGGAACUAAGGGGGAGGGUUAGGACACAACCCAUCGUCAGCCGGUUGUGCGAAGCUGCUCGACCGUGGGACCUCUCAGAGCAAUGAAUGAAACUUUGUAGGAUUUUGUUCUGACUUAUCUCAGACCCACAGAUGAGGGCAAAUGACUGGACCUGCCUUCUGAAUCACCGAUGGAUGUUUUAGGUGGACUACAUGCCGUUUCACCUAUGUGUUAUUGUGGCUAGAGGAAUUUUUUUGCUACCGCUCCAGCCGUCCAACCACUGUACAUACAAUCCACACAAAAGUAAAAGCAAGUCUUAUUCCUGUACAUAGAUAAACCAGAUGAACAAAAGCAACAAAAAAGCAUCAAGUACUAUGAAAAUAGAAACAAUUCUUGUACCGCAACUGAAAUUGAAAAGUCGAAAAUAAAAAUGUUUUGAAGUUUGUGACCCGAACGACACCGCAGUCUCUCUCCAUCUUUCUUUCGCUCCCUCUGGCCCCCAUUCGCCUCUGCCUCGGAGCGCUGCAGUGCCGGAAAAUCUAAUUGUCUGCCAAGAGACAGCGAAAGAGAGCCAGAAAGACGGAAAGCGAAGGAUUUUACAUACCAACGAGAUCUAUUCUGGCACAAUUUUUAUGUAAUAUAACCCAUUACAUGUUGGUAAUGUUUGACCUUCAACAUUCCCAGACAGAAAGUGCUUAACAUGAAUGCAAGGGGAAUACACUGUGCCUCAGGGGUGCACCGGUGCAUUGUGGGUUGACUGACAGCAGCCAUAAUGUAGGUUACGGUUUAUCUGGAAGAUGUAAUAGAUAUCAGAUGAAUAGAAUACGAAGUGUUUAGACGAACAAAAAAUCGAGAACACGUAUUCAGUGGCGAACCCUAGAUUGUAUUCGACUGUUUUUACAUACCAGUAUCAGCUGUUGUUUCUGAAACUGGUGCGACAGUUGACUUGCGAUUUGUAUGUCUGAAUGUGAACCUUUGAAUGCCUGUGAAUCAACAGUAUGUACGUGUGCGUAUUUCAGAGGCUAUUUUUACUGGGUUAGAUGGACACGUAUAGCUGAAGUAAAUCUAUAUCUAUUUAUGAGCUCAAUAGAAGCUUCCAUCUAAAAGACUUUGUUCAAGGUAUUUUAAGUGUUGUUAUUUUGCCAGAAACGAACAGGAUUAGCAUUCACUGAGUGACAGAAACAUCUGACCAAUGAGACACGGCCACAUGCAAAUGAUCUCCGUAGCCUGUCGAACAAAAGAGAGGUAUUUACGAGUGCUCCACCCAUCUGAAGUCUACUGAAUCUUUUUCACGUUUGAUGUUUUAUUUAUUAAUAUUUAUUUGUCUGUUUUGAUUUAUUUAUGCACAUAUUCAUUUAUUCAAGUGUGGUUUUCAUUCUGCAGUGUGUACCGAGCAUAUGUGAGGAUGAUGAGAGAUGGAAAGUGAAGAGAGAGAGAGAGAGGGGGGAAUAUACAUGUUUAAUGCAAGUCAGUUAUGGAGGCAAUGUGUGAAGCUACUGUAGGCUCCAGCGAGCUCGCUGGAGGACACGGAUGGUCUCCUUACACUCACUAUCAGAGGUAGAUAACAUUGUGCAUCCCGAAUGCGCUACCUGUAAUUCAAAACACCACCUGUACUCUUUACACACUGCAAGAAGCCGUUUUCUUAAUCAGUGUUUUUGAGUUGAUCUCAGUAUAAAUAUCAAAGCAUCCUUGAAACAAGAUAAAUAUACUGGAGAAGCAAAAUUGCUGGAUUUUGAGACCUCUUAAGACCUACUUGAUACUGAUUGGUCGAUCUCGGCAUUCUGCGGUCAGAUAUUUUUGAAUAAUGAAUAUAAUUGACUGUUGUCCCUGGCAACCAAUUUCCAACACUGUGCUCUUUUACUGUAUGCCGCUCUGCCGCCUCUUUCGUUGCGAAUAAUUAAAUAAUUUCAGCUUAAAUUGAUAUUUGAUGUCAAUUUAUUUAUUUAUAUAGUAAAUAGUGUUGGCAAAUAACAAGCAGGGUUUAUUUUCAUAUUAACCCUUGGUUGUUUAUGCGUAAAACAAGAUAAAUAAAUGCCAACGUGGUAAGAAAAAUGCUCAAGCUAACUUUGAUAUUUAAUUCAAGAUAUAUUGUAGUCAUAUUAUUACACAAUUUUGCUUCUCGUGUAUCUUGUUUCAAGGAUGUUAUACUGGAAAACAAGACAUGGGUAGUGAUGAAGCAAAUAAUUUUUCUCAAGUCUUCUUAAGGGACGUGUGUGCAAUCCGUUGCAUGGUGACUUUUACUGAUUGACACUACAGUAGGUGCUUUUGUCUUGGCCAGCGGGUGGUUAGUACACCCAGUCCUACGUUUAGGGCAGAAGCACGUACCGUCAGCUUUUCUUUAAAACGAUGACCUGAACAUUUUGUUUUAUGUUGAUGGGUCGGACCAGUUUGGACUGGUCAGCGGGUUUGACCGUUUGAAUGUAUUGUCAUAACACAUAAUGGUUAGCUGGCUCUCUGAGACUAAGGUGCUCUCUGUGGAUAUCUGCUCCUGAGUCAUGGCCCUCUGCCCACCUGACACAACACGCUGCUGUUUUACCCUUCUGCAUUGGUUGCCGGGGUAAAAGGCUGUUUACGUCCCUCUUUCUCUCCCUGGAGAUGCCCGAUGUGCGUCAUGUUUUGUGAAGCUCUCCGUUUUCUGCCCUUGCACGGUUCGUUUCCCAUCAUCAUUUCUGCUCCCCACCCCAUCGCCCACAUCGUUCCCCCAAUUCCUGCUUAGCUCGCUGAAUUGUUUUACACAGCUUUCCUGGUUAAGCGUUAAUGUGGGAAGAUUUGUUAUGUUAGUCAAAGGCUUUGUUUACUGAAGGGCUGAAGGGAUAAUAUAGUACAGCAUUGAAUAUGUUGAUAAUGACAGUGAUUACGCGCCGUAGUAAACUGCUAGACUAAAGCCCGCUCCGAGGGACUGCUACCACUUCCAAAAUCCCCAUACAACCCCUGAUUAUCAUAAUAAUACUAAGAGCUAUAAUCUAGCAGAGUCAACCCACCAUGCGCUCACUCUCUGGGUUUCUCUUUUUGUCUUUUUUCCCCUCUCGCUCUUUGAGAGCACUCACAUUCGCUGUUCUCUGGAUAUGAAAGGAGUCGCCCUGUUCUGCUCUGCAUAUCGGCCUCAUUUUCUUCACUUUGAAACGGAGAGGUGAAGCACGAGUACACGCCGGAUGAGUUUUUCCUGCAACCGUUUUUGAGAAAAAUCUCAGUAAAGAGGCCUUUAAAGACCCCAUGAAAUCACUUGACGUGCUGCGUUCAUAUACAAAGACUUUUUUAAAAUAGCCUUUAGUUUAUAUAACAGACAUUAAUUGUGAUUUGCUACUUGCUGUCACCUGAGACAUGUUUAGAAGAGAAGUUUAAUGCACAAACGUCUGGAUGUGCCUUAAUGAAAAAAAUUGCUUUGUUUCUUGAAAAAAAAAAGCCUUUUGCAUGCACUGUAAAAAUGAAGUGAUUAAUAAGUCAUUUCAACAUACGUUUUGGCAUUACUUUAACAUACAAAAUUAAAUUAGGCCAUGUCAGGUACAUUACUAGCCCAAAUUUAAUAUAGUAAAUUUAAAUAAUUUGUUUAACUUAACAGUUUGAUUUUGAUGCAAAUUUGCAUGACAGCGCAUAUUCGAAAAAGGUGACUUAAGCCAUAUCCACCCGAAGCCUGAGCUUUCCGUAUUCGAUCUAUUACUUUUCUAGUUCUAAAAAAGUCUGUAAACACGUAAAUACAAAGUAACGCGUUACUGUAAUUCCACUACAUUUAGUGGUAACGAGCAUUUCUUUUUUUUUUAAAUCAAGUAAUGCAGUAAGUUUGUUACUUGCAGACAAGACAUUUCAGAUCUAACUUGAUCCAGUUUCAAAAAUUAGCAAUUAAUGGCUUCCAAAAUGUAGGAUCAAUCAGGACAAAGUACCAAUAGCAUACCGUACAAACAUAUUUACGUAUUCAGCUAAACACAUCUCUGUAUGGACGUGCUCUUGCUAGCAGGCCGUGCUUUAAAGAACACAAGCACAAAAAUCUAAUUUCCUUUAUGACCAACACAAUUUAACUCAUUCCCCGCCAGCAAUUUUUUGACAAGUUUCACAAAAUGCCUUCCAGGAAAAUUUUCAUCUAAAAAUAUAUGAACAUACAAAUAUAUCAAAUGAAGAACAGAUCCUCUGCUUUCAAACAAACAAUAAACAAACAAACAAAACGGGAAAAACGUUUAAUCCUAUCCACAUUUUUUUUCU